AUGACAGAGCCUCAUUUACCUACUGAACUGUGGAAACAAGUGUUUACAUGCACCAACAAAAAGGAUCUCAAAACCUGCUUGCUUGUCUCCAAAUCGUGGCACUAUGUCGCUCGCUCUUUCUUUAGCGAAGACAUUCAAGUCAAUUUGAACGAUAGCCAUCUUCGUCGACUGGAAAAGGAUAUCAAGGCACAUGCCCAUCUUGGCUCCAAGAUAUCGCGCAUUACCAUCAACCACCUGUCCACGGGCAUGGCUACUCCAGAGACUUUUAGGUCGGUCAUCAACCAUUGUCCCAACCUCCUGGAACUCGAGUUUGAAAUCGCUGACGUGUAUCACUAUCUCAAGAGCCUCAACUGCAAAGAGGCUUCAAUGCCAAACAUCCAAAAGAUACAGGUUCGAAGCUUGUUGGAGUGCUCUCCAGCAGUAAGACGUUUUCAUUUGUGGGUCAAUUAUCGCUUUCGUUCUACCAUCACAAGCAUCGAAAUCAUGGACAUGAAGGAUAACGCCGCUUUAAAGGACUAUGGUGGUCUGGUUACAUUUGCUUCAUGCUUCCCUCAACUCACAUCACUCAAGGCACAAUGUACCACACUGACCGAAAAGGAGCUCAACAUCAAUUUGACGGAACUGCUAAAGAACAAUGAUCGGCUGCAAGAGCUCAAGCUGUACGGCAUUGGUAAAAUCACCAACACAUUGAAUGAAAUAUCGUCAGAAGCGACUCAAAUGGAGUUUCCAUCAUUGACAAAGCUCAAAUUAGAAGUAUCAGCCAUCAACAUCAAGUCUCUAGAAUAUAUCACAAAGAGAUUCACUCAGCUUCAAAGCCUGCGUCUGCUGACAUCCACUGUUGUGCCUGACAACUCCUUGAAUGAAACACAGGCAAAGAACAUUCUGAGUGAAUUCAAAGCCUUUGCCGUGAAGCCCAAGCGUAUCCAUGUGUCUUACAAAUACAAGAAUGAGCAUUUCCAUGAAAACAACGGUAAAAAGAGACCAUCCUGGAUCACACACAACUUUUUAUUCCUGGAAGGUUUGAGCCGUCAGUACUUUAUGAAUGACUUUAUGGAAGACAUAGAUGUUAUGGAGGAGGAAGCCUAUUUCGAGGAUUUUGACGAGGAACUAGCUGAAGAUUUGGUGUAUUCUGUAUACGAUGAGCUCGAAGACGAUGAUCCAGAAUUUACUAGCUUUUUCAUGGAUCAUUACACUUUGUAG